CGAAGGCUAAGGGAAAAAAAAGUCGUCGGUCGCCACAAUGCGCCGUUACAUUGAGAUGGGCCCCGUCAGUGUCCAGGGGAUCGGCCAAGAGCUUUUCUUUUUCUUUCUCUUGUUUUUCUUUCCGUUCGUCUGAUGACGAUCGUCUUGUCUCUUCUCUCCUCCCGUUUACCUUUCGGCUUGUCCGCUAGCCCAUGUGUGCGUGCGUAGGCAGCUUCCACCAAGCCGGGAAACCUUGAGCCAUCGUCAAUCAAGCCCCCACCCUCACCGCCCGACCACGCCAGCCGCCCGUCACUCAAACACGCGUCGCGCGCCGAGGAACAACGGACAGGACACUGCCGACCGCGCCAUCGCCAUCAUGAAGGACGACGGCGGCUCCCCAAGCCCCGGCGCCGACGUCGAGGGCAAGCCCACGGUCGGGUCCGUGCAGGACUUCGACAUCGCCCGCGUCCGCCCCGACGGCACCGAGGACCUGCUCGGCAAGCACAACCAGCUGGAGCGCGGGCUGAAGAGCAGGCACAUCCAGUUCUUGGCCCUGGGCGGAGCCAUCGGGACAGGGCUCUUUGUCGGAUCCGGGGGCAUCCUGAGCCUCGUCGGCCCGCUACCUCUAUUCCUGGCAUACUGCUCCAUGAUGGUUCUGGUGUACUUCAUCAUGAACGACCUGGCCGAAAUCUCGACGUACCUGCCCCUAAAGGGAAUCUCCAUCCCCUACUUUGUCGACCGCUUUGUCGAUCCCUCGCUGGCUUUUGCCACGGGAUACAACUACUGGUAUGCGUAUGCUAUGCUUGUUGGUGCCGAGGCGGUUGCCGGCGCCAUUCUCCUGGACUACUGGCAGACCCCCGUCCCUUCCUGGGUCUGGAUCACCAUUAUUCUAUUGGUGACGCUAGGCCUCAACAUUUUCGCCGUCGGCGUCUUCGGCGAGGCCGAGUUCUGGUUCGCCAGCAUCAAGUUCAUCACCAUCAUGGGCCUCAUCCUCGUGUCCCUCGUCAUCAUCCUGGGCGGCGCGCCCAACGGCGAGCGCAUCGGCUUCCUCUACUGGCACAGCCCCGGCGCCAUAAAGCCGUACCUCGUCGAGGGCAGCACCGGCAACUUCCUCGCCUACUGGGCCGCCUUCGUCCAGGCUGGCUUCGCCUUCAUCACCUCGCCCGAGCUGAUCGCGCUCGCGUCGGGCGAGACGGUGGCCCCGCGCCGCAACAUCCCAAAGGCCGCGCGGCGCUUCAUCUGGCGGCUCGCCAUCUUCUACGGCCUGGGCUCCCUCAUGGUCGGCGUCAUCACGCCGCACGACGACAAGAACCUGCUCAACAAGGAGUCCAACGCCAACGCGUCCCCCUGGGUCAUCGGCAUCCAGCGCGCCGGCAUCGUCGGGCUCAACCACGUCAUCAACGCCGCCAUCCUGACCAGCGCCUGGUCCGCCGGCAACGCCUUCCUGUACUCGGGCUCGCGCGUGCUCUACUCGCUCGCCCUCAACGGCCAGGCGCCCCGCGUCUUUGCCAGGUCAACCAAGCGCGGCGUGCCCUACGCCGCCGUGCUGGCCACCUGGUCCGUCGGCCUGCUGGCGUACCUCAAGGUGAACGAGAAGAGCGGGCUCGUGUUUACGUGGCUGAUGAAUCUAAGCACCAUCUCGGGCUACAUCGCCUGGAUCGUCGUCCUCGUCACCUACCUGCGCUUCCGCUCGGCGCUCACCUUCCGCGGCCUGCUGCACACGCUGCCCUUCAGGGGCGCCCUGCAGCCAUACGGCACCUACUUCACCCUGCUGGUGCUCGUCCUCCUGACGCUGACCAACGGCUUCGCCCUCUUCUUCCCGGGAAGGUGGGAGGUCGAGUCGUUCCUGGUCGCCUACAUCACCCUCCCAAUCUUCCUGGUCCUCUACCUGGGCCACAAGGCGGUGAAGCGGACGCCCUUCUUUAGGAAGACGGAGGACAUCGAUGUCGUCACGGGCGUGCGCGAGAUGGAGGAGCUGGCCGCCUCCGACGUCGAGCCGGUGCCCAAGAACGUUUGGCAGAGGAUCUGGUUCUGGAUCGCCUAGACCGCAGGCUGGCAGCGUUUGGAUAGUGUAGGCAUUGGAUUUUGCGACAAUAUCCAAAGUUCUUUUUUUUUUUUUUUUUUAAAGACUACAGAAUAGGAAUACGAACAAUCCG